ACCCCCCUCAAGAUGAGAUUGAUGUCAACAUUAAAUUAUAUAAGAGGAAAGAUAAACAUAUAAUUUGACAGAGGGCUAGUCUGCAGUGGCAAAUAAUUUUGGAAAAUGAUGAAGAAGGAAGGCAGUUAUUUUCUGUUCAGGACCAGGUCCGGGUUCCAAGAUGGAGAGGGACUGAAGGAAACACCAAGUAAUAAUGAGCAGGACUAGGAUUGGGCAUAGCUAUUUUAAUUGAUUUUUUUUUUAAAUUGGGGAACACCCUACAUGAAUGUGUGAACAAUGUAGAGUAUUAGAAACAGCAUAACAUGUUUUUAUGUAAUAAUACUGGACUCAAUGAGAAACUGUAAUGUCAUUAUAAAAUGAAACUGAAGAUGGCAGUAAUGCAACACAUAUGGAUCCCAGCUGCCAUAGUACUGUAAAGAAGAAGAAAAACCUUGGCGCAUGCGUGGACCGAUCGUGUCUAUCUUGUUGCUACAUGCAUCACUCUUUUAAGUGUACAAAAACAAACCCAUUUGAAACUGAUUUACGAAUACCCACAACGCUUUUCCACGGCGAUUGAAUCUCCACAGUAGGGUCGGCAAUGGUCCAAGAGAGUGUCCAGAUCAGGAGGCAGGGUGCCUAUGACUUCAAGGAAUACUACACUUUUGCCUGCACCCAACAGAAAUCUGUCCCCCUCACUGCAGUCAAAAUGCAUUUGGAUAAAGGCAUACUGGACUUUAACGGAGACAGGGUUAAACUAGUUGAUUGGCCGCCCAUUCUUGAAUCAAUCUCCAUCAAUAAGCACCUUUGCCACAUUGCAAUAAGUAGCACGUACCAGACAAGUUAUGGUUGUGGUGAUGCAGACAGAAGGUACUACAAGCCGGUGUUCAGAAAGAAGAUCCCAUCUGUUCGCUCGAGGGACAUGACUUUCAGGUUGUGUAAGGCUUUGAAGGAGUGUCUGUCUGUCUCUCCCUGCUUGAAGACUUUAAAACUUAAUGGACUUCCACUGAGGGAAAGAGACCUUGUAAACUUAACAAAGGGUUUGGCAAAAAGUUCUUCCUUAGAAGCCAUUUCUCUCGCAAACUGUCCAAUCGCUGAUGGGGGCUUGGAAGUAAUUUGCCAAAGUGUGAAAUACUCUAAACACAUCAAAGAUAUUGACUUUACUGCAUGCAAUAUCACAUGGAGAGGAGCUGAGCAUUUGGCCAACAUCAUUCAGCAUCAAGGAAUACAGAGACAUGGCUCAGCUUGGGAACAGUCCUUAAGGUAUCAGCAGCCAAAGUUUGAGGGGAUGGGAGGUCUCCGUCGCCUCACCUUGAACUGUAACACAUUGAUUGGGGACCAAGGUGCUGUUCAGCUGGCACGUGAACUGGCUGAAGACCUCUGGCUCAGAGCUGUGGACAUGCAGAAAUGCGGCCUCUCCAAUCGAGGAGCCAGCCAUCUGCUAGAAGCCUUGAAGACAAAUGCUGCUCUUUGUGUACUGGACAUCCGUAACAACCCUUUAGUUGACAACACACUAAUCAAAACUAUAAUAGAGAAAGUGCUACUGAGAGCUGACACACAGUCACGAGAGUACGGUUGGAUCACACCUGCCACUAAAGAGCCACUGAAAGCUUCUGCUUCCAAGAGACGAGUGCUUUCCCAAGCGGCUGCAGAGCGUACAGCAGCUCCCGAGAAAAUGGCCUCUCUUGGGGACAAGGGCUCAAUUGCUGCACAAUAUGAAAUGUCCACCUCAAGCAGCAGAAAUGUACCUCGUCAUUCUGCAGCACGUGCUGGGCGCCAGAGAGGUUUUCCUCCUGUAGUUCCUGUCACCGAGAGUGAGCAACAUCAUCAAGGCCAAGCCGGGUCCAAUGUGAAAGUUACUUUUGAGUCUGAUUCAGAAGAAGAGGAGGAUGAUGGCAACGAAGAAGAGGGUGAAGCAUUUGUGCAUGGGGACCAGAGGCCAUCUCAUCAUAACCUCCAGGACAGCAUCCUUGCACGGCGGAUGGAGCGAAUGCAGAUGGCACUACAGGAAUGUCGUUUGAGGUUGGGAGAGGAGCGCAGGUCUAGACUCAAAGCCGAAUCAGGUCUCAGGGAGUUUGAGCUGGAGAACGCUCGUCUUCGCGACAACAAUCGUACCCUGUCCGAGGCGCUCUCCGCCACGGGUUCAGAGCACAGCACGCUUGAAAAUGAGGACGUUCUUGAGAGCAUUGAGCGCUCAUUCAGCAAGUUCCACGCUUUCCUGGAUCUCGUCAAGGACGCUGGCCUCGGUCAGCUUGCAUCAAUGGCUGACAUCGACACGUCAGAUUUCCCGAUGUUGGGGAGACCGCAGCUCUCUUCCCCGCUUGGACACAUGACCCACCUAGAUAGAGCAGCAUCCAGUGGACAUCGUUCUAUUUUGACCCUGGGCGCUGACAUCACCACGCCUAAAUCUCCAUCCUCAGUCAGAGGGUCCGUGCAUCGAGAUGGCCCUCUCGACAGGACUUUCCAACUACCUGUUGGAGCACAGGUGCAGUUUAUUGCCAUGGGAGAACGGGACACAGCUCGGUUUUCUGAACCCGAAACCAAGUACGACUCUGUUUCGGAAUGCAGCUUCGCUAGCCAGAAACCCCUCCAUGAAACUCCAAGGAGUCGCCCGAACAGCAGCCAUAGCGGUUCCCAUCAAAGUAACGUGUCCCAUGGCAGCGCAUCCCUUGACCGAUGGGGUGCAGGCGACCUCCUGAGAGACAUUGUAAGUGACAAGCCGUCCUUGGCGGGCUCGCGGAGGUUGGUGGUCAUACCGCGGUCAGGGUCAGAGGGGAAGGCCAGUGCUGGGAGGGACAUUCUGAAGGAGAUCAGGUCUCUGCAAGGGCGCUCGGAUGGUGAAUAUUUAUAACACAAAAUAGGUUUUGGUAGCACUUCUUCAUUUUAAUCAUUUGAGAAUUUUGAUUGGACAAUCUUGAAGAGUAAUCGUAUGAGAAUGUCCAUGCUAAAUGUUUUCAUCUCCAAUUUGACCAAAUAAAAUAUUUUUGGAACGUU